AUGAGUGACAAUUCAGAAUUGAUUAGUCAAUUCUCAGAGUUGACCCAAGCUCCAACCACCUCUGCAUUGAAUGGAUUCUUCAAUGGCUCUACUCAAAGAAGUUCACCAACACCAGAAUCUUCAAGAUCACAAACUCCAACAUCUUCAUCAGCUUCAAGAUCAACAACAAAUAAUAAACCACAACAAUCCAAAAUGAAAACUUUCCAAGAUUUAGUUAAUUCAGAUGGGAAAGAUGAUGAUGAUGAACAAAAUUUCUUUGCUGGUGGUGGUAGAGGUUCAGGUUUAGAAGUUGAAAAUCCUUCAGAUCCAACAAAUUUAGUUCAAGAUCUUUUGAAAAAAGCUGAAACUGGUCAAGGUCAUCCAGAUCGUAUGAAUGAAGAUGAUGAAGAAGUUGUAUCAAAACCAAAAUUUACCGGGACAGGUUAUUCAUUAGGUAGUACAGAUGUUCCAUCAAGAGUUAUUGGUUCAAGAAGUUCAGGACCAAAAAAAUUAGAAAAAGCAACAAGAGAAAUUACAUUUUGGAAAGAUGGUUUCCAAGUUGGUGAUGGUAAACUUUAUAAAUAUGAUGAUCCUGCAAAUGCUACAUAUUUAGCUGAAUUAAAUAGUGGACGUGCUCCAUUAGCUUUAUUAGAUGUUGAAUAUGGUCAAAAUGUUGAUGUUAAUGUUAUAAAAAAAUUAGAUGAAGAAUAUAAACCACCAAAGAGAAAAAUUGGUGGAUUCCAUGGAUCAGGUCAAAGAUUAGGUUCACCAGUUUCAACUGAUUAUCAACCACCAGCACCACAAGCACAAGCACCAACUACAACAGAAUCUAAACAAGAACCAUCACAACCUAAAGAUGAAGGUUCAGGUGAUACUCAAGUACAAAUAAGAUUAGCAGAUGGUCGUAGAGUAGUACGUCGUGUUGAAUCAAAUGGACCAGUUAAACAAUUAUAUGAUUAUGUUACAAGUGAAACAUCAUCAACAAAAUCAUUUGUCUUGAGUCAUGCAUUCCCAGUUAAACCAAUUGAAGAUAAAGAACAAAAUAUGUUAAUCAAGAUUCCAAUAAGACAAUUUCAAAUUAGGUCAUUGCAAAUACCCAAAAGAUUAAUUUCAGAUGGGUUCUUCAAUAGACAUAUCAUAAAUCCAUUAUUUGGUGGUCCUGGUGGUUCUGGUGCUACAAGAUUACAUCCAAAUGCUGGUAUCCCGUCUCAAAUCAAAAUUGAACCUAUAGUGAAAGUUCCAUCAAUAUUUGAUUAUUAUGAAAAAUUCAGACCAUCUACUGGGUUCAAUCCUGAUUAUUUCCCCAUUGAUUCGAGAUUUAUAUCAUCUGAAAGAUUAGGGUAUAGUGGAAGCUUGUUGCAACGUCCAGAUGUUGGAUCUCUUGUUGAAGUUCAAAAAGAUAAUGGUUCAAUUCAUUUAGGAAUUGUAAUCUCCAAGCAAUUAGGACUUUUCCAUGAAGAUUUGGAUAAAUUAUCAAUGAUUGAUGUUAAUGGUGAACAAGUGGAUUUCAUUGCAAGUGAUAUAAGUUUCCAUUUAUUCAAAGUUAUUGAUAAAUCAACUAUUGAACAACCAUUAUCUAUAAGGACAAUUGACCAAGUAGUUCAAACUUUGAAUUAUUUCAUAAAUACAUCUUUAAUCAUAAGGCAUAAUAAUAUGGAACUUUAUCAAGCUGCUCAGGCAUGGUUUAUCAAAGAUCAAUCAUCGGUUAAAGUUGAUUUAGAAGAAAUUACAAAAUUUAUCAAAAAAUACACUACAAAAAAAUCAAAUAUUAAUGAUUUAUUACAAUUGGAAUGUAUGUUAUUUGCAACACAUUUAGAAUUGUCUAGAGAUCCUGUUAAUUGGUUUACUUUCAAAAAUAAAGCCAAUCAUCAUUUAGAUAAUAGAAUAAGUAAAUCCAUUGCUCAAUUCAAUUAUUAUUCAAAUUCAAUUGAAACCUCUGAAUAUUUAGAAUUAGCAACAAGACUAAAUGAUGAAACUUUGACAAGAAUUGGGGAAUCCUUUAAAAACCAAAUUAAUGAAAAUGAUCUUGAUCUAAAAGAUUAUGAUGAUUUGAAACCAUAUAUUAAAUCUGUUAUUCAACUAAUGAAACAUUAUAUCAUUUAUCCACACCCAUUAUUAAAAGAAAGAUUAGUACCUAUAAUGACUGCUGUACUAUCAUCAUCAUCAGAUUUUACAACCCAGAAAGUUUAUGAUAUUCUAGAAGAACUAGAUGAAUAUAAUGAAGAUACUCAUAUUUUCCAAACUUUAGAUUCAAAAUCAAUAAACCACCAAAAUUCCAUUCCAAAUAUAGAAAUUUCAAGAUCAACAUAUGAUUAUUUCCAAUAUAUGAGAGAACCAUUCCAAAAAACUGCAUAUGGUAUUCCAUCAAUUUCAAAUUUAAAUAUUUCAGAUCUUGCUAUAUCAUUAGAUAAAUCUAUUGAUUCAUGGUUUUUACAAAUUCAUGUAUUAGAUGUUGGUAGUCAAAUUUCACUAAAUUCUAAACUUGUUGAAGAAUUUAUUAAGAAUCAAGUAUCAAUUAGUGAUGAUCCAGAAAAUCCAUUAAUACCUGAAAAUAUUUUGGAAAUGUUAAUUUUCCAUAAUAACAGCCCGGGGAAUAAUGCAAUUACAUUUAAUAUUGAAUUCCCAUUGAAAAGUUUUAAUGGAUGGGAAGAUUCUAAAUUGAUUUCAAUUGGAUUAACAAGUCUUGAUGCAUUUAAAUUUGUUCCAAUUGAAGAAAUUAAUGAUUUAAUUGAUACUAAAGUUGAUUUAUUAAGUUUAAUUUUCAAAUCAAAUGAAAAACAAUCAAAACACAAGGUAUUAGAUUCAAAUGAUAAAUCUUCAUUAUCAAGUAUUUUUAAAUUAAUUGAACAAUGGCAAAUUAUAAGAAAUAAUAAACAUUCAUUAGAGUUUUCGUUCCCAUAUAAGAAAUGCAUUAAACAAAAAGAUGGUUCAUUAAAACUUUUAGAUUCAAUACCAUUAAAUUUAGAUUUUUUGAAAUUUAUACGGAAUGAAUUAAAUUUUAUGAUCAGUGAACAUUUAAACAAUUAUGAAAAUCAUGAUAUACCAUUAAUUAAGCAUUCACAAGAUAUUUUACCACCGUUAAAUGAUUCAAUUGAAGUUGAAUCAAAUAAAUUUAGUAUCCCCAAUUAUCAAAGUUUAAAAUAUGAACAUUUUACACUUUUCCCAAAUGUUAGAGGUGAAAUAUCAUUGAAGAAAUUCAUUUGUGGUUCCCAAUUUUUAAAUCAUGAAGUUAUAACAACUAGUUCUAAUCAGGGUUCUAGUUAUUAUAAACAUGGAUUAUCAUCAGGUUUUAUUAAUAUUAUGAAUGGAUUAAAUAAUUAUGAAGAUUUAGUGAAUCAAUGGCAAAUAAUAAUGUAUUUGAAAAAACAAUUACAAUUAAAUGAAGGUUAUAAUUUCCAUUUAAAUCAACAUUUAUUAAAUUUUAAAUUGAUGAAUUCUAAUGAAUUAUUAAAAUUUUAUAAAUAUGAAAUUGAACCAAUCCAAAUUCAAGAUUAA